GUCGUGCAGAUGGGCAUGAGCUGCGAAAAGUCCAGAUUGUGUGGGUUAGGUCAGGUUAUAUUAGUGAUGCCCAUGCACAGAGGAAAAUGGUUAAAGUCGUCAUCAUCACACCACGAGAGUUUGUGUAUGUCAGGAAGGGGCAACAAAGUGUAAGAAGUCAUAAAGUGUCAAUUUCGAACAGCAACCUGUGGCAUAACAUCGACAACCAGUUUCAUUAAUUUUCGCCCAGCAACUCUCUAACAGUCGGAUGAAAGAUGUGAAGAGGAAAGCGUGGAUCUAGUUAGGGAAGGCGAAUGACGCGCAUUUGCAUAGGACCAUGGCCGAUGGUGGCAGCAAUGGCAUACCUCUAGUCUGAGCAUUUGUUAUGGUAGUAUUUCAGCGUGUAAGAAGUUGCGAAGAGUUAGUUUCCAGUACUGACCCAUGUCACAAUAUUAACACCAAAUUUCAUCCAUUUUUGUCCAGCCAUUCUGUAGUUAUUAUAUUCGUACGGAUGGAUAUGUCGUAAUGUUAUGUUUGGUUGGAAGAGGUUAAGUUGGUUUGAUGGCGUGCAUGCGCAGAGGGAUAGGGGUACUGACGAUAUCAUCACUCCACUUCACGAUUUACUUCUACAAAAUGCUGCAUGAAGUACUCCUGGCAUUGUCUGGUUACUCUGACAGUUUCAUAACUCAGGUAAUGGAAAAUGAUUCAUUUUUGGAUCCAAAUGAAAAUAUGUUACUAAAAAGAGUUCUGAAUAUUGCUUCAGGAUUUGCUUCAAUCAAAACUUUCAUAGAUGAUAAUAUUUCUGUGAUUGGAGUACAUAGAACUGUUGCUGAUGAUUGUGUCAAGGGAGAAAUUGAAAGACAGCCAUUUGGGGUUUAUCUCCAGGCAUUCUGCAAUGGUUUGAAUGAAGUGCUGGUACCAUAUCGUAAAGAUAUUGCAGACCUGGAAGAAAAGUCGCUUGAAGAUCCAUACCUGCCAUUAUUGACAAUUGUCAGCAAAGUAGAAGAAUAUACUAAACUCUUUGAAGUAAUAAAUUCUAUGAUAAAACAAAUAUCUGAACAGCAUAUUCAUGGUUGUCAGAUACUGGAUUUUCUGCAUAGAGAAGUGACAUGCAGUGUAAAUAAUGUGAAAGAGCCUCUCAAAUGCAUUAUUCAGUGUUGUCAUGUGGUGUUCUUCAAGCAGCUGUCCAGUUGGCUUCUGUAUGGUCAGCUCAUUGACCAAUAUGCUGAAUUCUUUAUACAGCAUUCAUCAGACACCCAAGGGACAAGCACAUCAACAACACUGGAUAGUUUCUCCAGCCAGGAUAUCAACGAAAUGUUAUCAUUGGAAUCGAGAUCUAAUAGAGAUGGCCCUCUACAGAGAUACAGCAUCCAGUAUACUAUGCUUCCAUCUUACAUAAUUCCUUCUCUGGCACACAAAGUUCUGUUCAUAGGGGAAACAAUUUUAAUGUUUGGAAGUGAACCAAUAGAAAGAAGUGAAACAGUCUCUUUUACAUCUAAGAACAUCACUUCAAUAUGGGGAGAGAGGGAAGAGGAAUUCUUCCAAAAACUUCAAAGUUUGCAGGCCAUGAGAACCUUCAAUCGCACAGAGUUUGAGAAGACUAUUGAUGAAUUCCGAAGUUGUGUAACAGAGCAUCUGUGGAAACUCGCUGUGGAAGAAGCUGAAUUGUUUUUGCAGCUGAAACUUAUGAAAGAUAUUUUUUUGCUGGGUCGAGGAGAGCUGUUCUUGGAAUUCAUACACCAAGCUGGACGUAUUAUGCAAAAUCCACCAAUCAGUUCUUCUACUAGAGAUGUAAACAAGGCCUUCCACAUUGCUGCUCGUAAAAUACUCAUUAAUGAUGAUACGAUAGACAAGUUCAGUUUUGUGUUGCCAGGUAAAGGCCACACUGAAUUGGAUGAAGUUAAAGGGACCUGCUGGCAUUUGCUGACACUAACGUAUAAAGUCAGUUGGCCUCUACAUCUCCUGUUCGACAGUGUAGUACUAGAGAACUAUAAUAAGCUGUUUCGCUUUCUUCUGUAUGUUAAGAAAACUCAGCUUGAUCUUCACAGUAUCUGGAGGAGUCAAAUGGAGUGCAAGACACGGUGUGUAUAUGAGAGCGAACCAGCUGUGUGGCACCUGCGGAGCAGGUUGAUGUUUCUGGUCGACAAUUUGCAGUAUUACCUUCAAGUUGAUGUCUUGGAGAGUCAGUACACAAUGCUUCUCUCUGCAGUUCAAGCAACAAAAGAUUUUGAUCAAAUACAGAAAGCGCACACACUUUUUCAAGCAAAUAUAUUGAGUCAAACAUUUCUUCUUGCUGACAAGAUAUGCAGUGGAUCUGAAAUGAAGACAAAUCCAGUACAAUCAAUCCUGACUAAAGUCCUUGACUUGUGUAGAAGGUUUUGCACCAGUGUUUGUAUGUGGGGAAAUGAUUUAAAUGAACCUCAACUUCUUGAACUACACAAUAUGGUGCAAGAAUAUGAGAACUUGGUGAUGUACCUCUUGCAGUUACUGUCAGAUUUGAGCUUACAUCUGUGUGGCUCUCAUCUAUCACAGCUGCUGCUCAGACUGGAUUUCAAUCGAUGGUUCAGCAAAGAGCAUACUGUCACCUCCUUUUCUGAAACUGUCUAAUGUACUCACGCUAUAAAAGGUUAAACCAAUUGUAUGAUCUGAAGCUUUCAUUGUGACUAAGUAUAAUGAAUUCUUUUCAGGCUACCAGCUAUCUUCAUCCUCAUCCUCAGGGUACCCUGAGGACAAGGAUGAGGUUCUUGAAUCUGUGUUUCCUUCAUUAAACCACCUUACACAGCUGGUAAGCCAAAAAGAGUUCAUUAAACCAAUUGUGUUGGUAAUGUUUGACAGUAUUUUGCAUAUAUGAAGUUAUGAUGAUUCUCUGGUGUCUUGUAUUAGAACAUGUUAACACAGGUGUAGACAUAGAAAAUUUGGUACCUUCAGCAUCUCACACUGUCAUGUGUUGGACUUGAAAAAUAAGGUUGUCUGCUUAUCUGAGGCCAGAUGUAUUUUUAACCUUGUAAACAGAAAUUUAUAUUAAUGGAUUUUAUUUCGUUUCCUCUAAAUUGGUAUGUUAGUACUACCGUUCCAGCCAUUUUCUGUUUUAACAUCUGUGAGAUGUGAAGCUAGUAAGAAAAGGGAAUGUCUAAAAGGCAAAAUUAUUGAGCUUGAAACAAACAGUAAGGACAAAAAUAUCAGAGAUCUGUACAGAGGCAUAAAUGAUUUUAAGAAAGAAUAUCAA